AUGACUACUGUAUGGAAACCAGAGGAAAACAUUCCUAUUGAAGUUACCAAUCUACUUAAAGAAUCACACCCAAACUAUGUUUUAGCGAUCUUGCAUGUGGUUGAACGGUUGAAAAUACAGAAACGUACCGGUUGGUUAGAUCACGAUAUUAAUGUAUGUGAAAGUAUAGCUGAUCAUAUGUAUAGAAUGAGUAUAACAUCCAUGUUAAUCACUGAUCCUAAUGUGGAUAGAAAUAGAUGUGUUCGUAUUGCCUUAGUUCAUGAUAUAGCUGAAUCCUUGGUAGGUGAUAUCACUCCACAUGACCCAAUUGGCAAAGACGAGAAACAUCGUCGUGAAUGGGAAACCAUCCAAUACUUGUGUGAUCAAUUGAUUUCCAAAUAUAAUAAAGUUGCUGCUGAAGAAAUUAAACAGGAUUGGCUAGCUUAUGAAAAUAUCACAUGCGUCGAGGCUCGUUAUGUCAAAGACAUUGAUAAGUAUGAAAUGUUGGUCCAAUGUUAUGAAUAUGAAAAGAGAUCUAAUGGUACCAAGAACUUGCAAUCUUUUUGGAAGGCAAUGGAGAGUAUAAAGACUGACGAAGUUAAAAAAUGGGCCGAGGAUUUGAAAGUGAAAAGAGAUGCCAUCUUUACAUGA